AUGGCCAGCCAAACCGUUGUCCUGCCCCGCGCCGCCCAUUCUGUCACCCGAUUCCUUCGUUCUCAUCGCCUGCGACGAGAUACUGCUCGGGUAUGCAAGAGAUGUAUUGCUAUAGGUCAGCGCGGUGAGCAGGAUGGUCGUGAUCCCCUGACUUUCUCUGAAAAGGCGCCGUUCAUGGCCCGCAAUGAGCUGUUCAGUCGACGCCAUAUUGGCCCUUCCCACGAGGACGAGACGGAGAUGCUCAAGGCACUGGACCCGCCCGUCAAGGACCUCCAAGACUUCAUACAACAGUCUCUGCCGCAAGGGAUCCGACAGAAAGCUGCCACUACUCUCAAGGAUGGGCAAGGGAGAGACAACAUCGCAGGGCGCAAUGAAGUGCAAGUGCAGGCCGAGCUGGGAAAACUUUCAGGAUUGAACACCCUCACGAGCAAUUUCAUAGGCGCUGGAUACUAUGGCACAACAACUCCACCGGUCAUCACGAGAAAUAUCCUGGAAAAUCCUGCCUGGUACACCAGCUACACCCCAUAUCAAGCGGAGAUCAGCCAGGGUCGCUUGGAAUCGCUUCUGAAUUUCCAAACCCUUGUUACCGAUCUCACGGGCCUUGCCAUAGCCAAUGCAUCUGUCCUCGAUGAAGGCACUGCUGCUGCUGAAGCCAUGACCCUCUCUAUGAACGCUCUUUCUACUUCUCGACUCAGGGCACCUGGUAAGACGUUUGUUGUCUCGCGCCUCUGCCACCCUCAGACAAUUGCCGUCCUGGAGGCGAGGGCGGCAGGCUUCGGCAUCAACAUCGUGGUGGGUGAUGUCCUGGAUAACGACUGUCAGCUCGUCAAAGACCAGGGGAGCAACUUAGUUGGAGUUCUCGCGCAAUAUCCCGACACCACGGGGGGCGUGUUCGACUUUCAGAAUCUCUCAGAUGUAACACAUGCUGCGGAUGCCACGUUCUGUGUCGCGACAGACCUGCUCGCGCUGACCCUAUUGAAAGCGCCAGGUGAAUUUGGCGCCGACGUCGCCUUUGGAAGUGCGCAACGAUUUGGCGUCCCCAUGGGCUUCGGCGGGCCACAUGCUGCCUUCUUUGCUUGUAACGAGAAACACAAACGGAAAAUCCCUGGUCGACUCGUCGGGGUGUCCAAGGAUCGGCUCGGCAAUCGUGCUCUUCGCCUUGCCCUUCAAACUCGGGAGCAACAUAUCCGGAGAGAAAAAGCCACCAGCAAUAUCUGUACUGCCCAAGCACUCCUCGCUAACAUGAGCGCCUUUUAUGCUAUUUAUCAUGGACCAGAGGGCUUGAAAGACAUCGCUCAUCGGUUAUGGGCUACGGCUAAAUUUGUUCAAACGCUGAUAGAAAAGAACAGCACGACGCUCAAAGUGGUCACGGAAGGUCUUGGUGAUGAUGGCUCCGUGCUCUUUGACACUGUUACUGUGGAAGCGAAGGAUACUUCCACUUAUAAUGCGAUAUUGGAACGAGCAUCCCAACUUGGAGUCAGCCUGCGAACAAAAGUUCCCGGAAGUAGCCCAGAAAAGCCGAGACUCGGUUUCUCGAUUGACGAGACGACCGGCAGCAGGAGCCUGGUCAAGCUGGUGAGUGCUCUUGGGAUCAAAAAACCCGAAGUCGACGCUGCCCUGCGAGACUCGCAAGUCCUUUCAAGGGUCAACAACCGAAGUGCCGCAAAUACACUACAGAGAUCCACGCCAUUUUUGACCCAUCCUGUCUUUAAUCAGCAUCGCUCCGAAACCGAGCUACUUCGAUAUAUGCACCAUCUCGAAUCAAAAGACCUCUCACUCGUACACUCGAUGAUCCCACUGGGUUCCUGUACCAUGAAGCUCAAUGGCACUACGGAGAUGCUACCUCUGUCUAAGGUCGGCUGGUACUCACUUCACCCUUUCGCUUCCGGUGCAGAUGGCUACAAGGCUCUCAUCGAGCGGCUGUCCAAUAAUCUCGCGACGAUCACUGGUAUGGACGCUGUCAGCUUGCAGCCAAAUUCAGGCGCGCAGGGAGAGUUCGCAGGGCUGCGGGUGAUUGAGAAAUAUCAGGCCACCCGAGGCCAGAGUAAACGGAAGGUAUGCUUGAUCCCUGUCUCCGCCCAUGGAACGAAUCCUGCAUCUGCCGCCAUGGCUGGAAUGAAAGUUGUGCCGUUGAAAUGCGACACGAAGACCGGCAACUUGGACAUCAAAGACCUCCAGGAAAAGUGUGAAAAGCACAAGGAUGAUUUGGCUGCCAUCAUGAUCACUUACCCGAGCACGUUUGGUGUUUUUGAACCGGCAAUCAAGGAAGUUUGUCAGAUUGUGCACGAUCACGGCGGCCAAGUGUACAUGGACGGUGCUAACCUCAAUGCCCAAAUCGGCCUUUGCAAUCCCGGCGAAAUUGGAGCUGAUGUGUGUCAUCUUAACCUGCACAAGACUUUCUGCAUCCCUCAUGGUGGAGGCGGACCUGGCGUGGGGCCUAUCGCUGUCAAGGAGCACCUUCAACCAUUCCUACCUACUCAUCCUCUAGUUGACCCCCAUCCCGGCGCAGACCGAGCUAGCACAGCGAUCUCUCCGAUAAGCUCUGCACCUUGGGGCAGUGCUCUCAUUCUCCCUAUCAGUUAUGCCUACAUCCAGCUUAUGGGGAGCGAAGGACUGAAACAUGGUACGGAAGUUGCGCUGCUGAAUGCGAACUACAUCAUGUCACGUCUCAGACCACAUUAUCCCAUUGUCUAUACCAAUGCAAACGGGCGGUGUGCACAUGAAUUCAUCCUGGACGCGAGAGGCUUCAAGGAGACUUCGGGCAUCGAGGCCAUUGACAUUGCCAAACGGUUGCAAGACUACGGGUUCCACGCGCCGACCAUGAGCUGGCCGGUGGCAAAUACCCUCAUGAUUGAACCUACUGAGUCGGAGUCGAAGGAGGAACUUGACCGAUUCUGCGAUGCAUUGAUCGAAAUCAGAAAGGAGAUCAAAGCUAUCGAAGACGGGGAAAUGCCCCGAGAGGGUAACGUCCUCAAGAUGGCACCGCAUCCGCAACAGGAUCUGAUGCGAAACGACUGGGAUCGUCCUUAUACCCGAGAGCGGGCGGCAUAUCCACUGCCGUGGCUGCGAGAGAAGAAAUUCUGGCCCACGGUGGCCCGGGUCGACGAUGCCUACGGAGAUACAAACCUUUUCUGCACCUGUACGCCUGUCGAAGGGUAUGAGAAGGAAGGAAUCACGGGACACGAAGCGCCCAUGCCUACCUAG